CUGUGUCUCUGAUAAAAGGAGACAGAAGCACAUUUAACUCCCCUAUUGACUUCCUCCAUCCAUCCCUUUGUCUGUCUGUCUGACCGUCCUCUGGCUCUGUUUGGACAGAGAGGGCUUGUGUCUAUAACACAAACUGUCAUACCCACACACACAUUCACACACACACACAUAUUUUUAUUUAUUUAUCUGUUAUUUUACCAGGUAAGUUGACCGAGAACACGUUCUCAUUUGCAGCAACGACCUGGGGAAUAGUUACAGGAGAGAGGAGGGGGAUGAACGAGCCAAUUGUAAACUGGGGAUUAUUAGGUGACUGUGAUGGUUUGAGGGCCAGAUUGGGAAUUUAGCCAGGAUACCGGGGUCAACACCCCUACUCUUACGAUAAGUGCCAUGGGAUCUUUAAUGCCCUCAGAGAGUCAGGACUCCCGUUUAACGUCCCAUCCGAAAGACAGCACCCUACACAGGGCAGUGUCCCCAAUCACUGCUCUGGGGUAUUGGGAUAUUUUUUUAGACCAGAGGAAAGGGGCCUCCUACUGGCCCUCCAACACCACUUCCAGCAGUAUCUGGUCUCCCAUCCAGGAACUGACCAGGACCAACCCUGCUUAGCUUCAGAAGCAAGCCAGCAGUGGUAUGCAGGGUGGUAUGCUGCUGGCGAACAUACAUGCACACACACACACACGCAUACAUACACACAUACAUGCACACACACGCAUACAUACACACACACACACACACACACACACACACACACACACACACACACACACACACACACACGCAUACAUACACACAUACAUACACCCACUCACAAAUACAAACACACACACCCACAUACACACAUUCACACAGAGACUCAUGUUGUAUUUCUGUGUGUGUAGAGUUGGGUGGAGCGUGCUGAAAGACAGGUUCUACUGUCUGAUGCUGUUGAUCUGUCUGAACUCUUCCACCCUGAUACCUUCCUCAACGCCCUGCGACAGGAGACUGCCAGGUCUAUGGGCUGUUCCAUGGACAGUCUGAAGUUUGUGUCAUCAUGGAAGAGUCCCAUAACAGAGGCUCAACUCCAAGUCAAGGUGGGUGGUCUGCAGUUGGAGGGCUGUAGUUUUGAUGGGGCUCGUCUGUCUGAGAACCGACAUGACUCCCCCAGUGUGUCAGCUGUACCUGACUGCUACAUGGCCUGGAUAGCACAGUGUUCCAGUGGCAGCUACAGUCCUGAGGAGGUCAUCUCCCUGCCUGUGUACACAGCUCUGGAGCGGGUCAGCGUGGUGACUCACGUCACGCUGCCUUAG